AUGUUCUCAUCAGAGUCACGUUCCUCACGCUCAAAAGAACAGCGUCGAAAGUCUGACCAAAAGCCUUGGAAGGGAGCGAAUGAGAUACCCUUCGCCUCUUCAAGUCCUCCACCAGCAGGAUUCCGUAAGGCAGAUCCCCUCGUGGUUAAAGAUGGCGAACAUGAGGAAGACACUCUCCCAGCACCCCAUGGCCAACCCUUUCUGCUCAACCUGAAGUCCUUUGCGGCACGAAACCCCGUGUUUGCACCGGGAGCACAGCCAGAGGACGAAGCUUCAGAAACCGACGACGAAAGCGAUUCUGAAUUCUCUGACCAAGAAGAGGUCACCCCAGUUCACGACACUACAGUUGAGGAUUUCGCAGAAGGUGAAGAGUCUGUCGAGGAAGAAACCGACACAGAAUCGCCAACAGAGGGGACCGACCUUUAUUUGACUACACGCGAGUGGAACAUUCGCGUACUCACAUCCGAGUUCCGCACGAAGCAGCUGGAAGCUCACCAUCCAGCUCAGGUACUCAUAAAUCGCCCCCCUGAGCUAGAGUUCUCACGGUUGGCAGACGCGAAGAAAUUUUUGAAUCAAGUCAAUUCUUUGCCAACCGAUCAGCACCCAACAGACAUCAAAGAAGCCGAGAACAGUGUGAGUAGGGCCGAGCGGGAUCUCGAACUCGCCAGCGCAAGGCUUGACACACGCGAGGUACAACUGAAACUAGAACGUUCAUCUCGAGACGUUGAAGAGAUGAAAGAGUACGAGGAUCAUUUGCGUGCUGCAGGCACGAAGCGCCAGGCGGAUGAUCUUGAGAAUUCGAUUGCAAAUCACGGCAAUUUUCGAAGUCAUGACAAGGUGUCGGUCGAUUCAUCGAUGACUGUGUCACAAGCCGAACGCGAGAAUUUCAAGGCAGCGAGAAAGUUGGAGACUGCCAUACUAGAGCGCCGUUUUAUCGAAGCUCAGUUAGCAGUGGCGAAAUCUCAGCGGAACCAACAAGGAUCUGGAGGAACCAAGGAGGUGUUCGCAGUCGAGAAGCGCUUAACUCAGGCAGAGCUUCACAUCCAUCUUUUGUGCAUGGGUAGAGAUAAGGCCCAUCGAAUUUGGCAGCUCACACAGCUAGUAGAGCGAGAUGUCGCCAAUCCCGAUAUCAUCGUUCACAGUGCAUUUGUGGACCACGAUAUGGUUGAGGAGAGCGUAGAAGCCGCUUCCGACUCUUCCGCAGACGAACCCGAGUAUGCUGUCGGCCAGUAUGCUAAUCAAGCCAACACUCACUUUCAGGCGAUGACCGACCUUCAUGGCGGACGGCCACACCUGCAUCAUCAACAUACAGGCUUCCACCCAUUCAAUCGCCCGUACGUUGAUCUCCAGGAGAUGGCGGAUCAGAACGCAUCACGGCCAGCGGCUCCUGCACCUCACGCGACACAGCCGGCACCCGUGGCAACUCUUCCUCUCCCUUUGCAUGGCCUCUACGACCCAUUCACGAUUCCGUUACCUCGUCCGAAUCUCAAUCUCAACCCAGAUGAGGACUCAGACGACGAGGAGGUAGAUCUUGGCCCUCCUGUUCCUUACAAUCCGGCUAUGGCACGUCGCAUCCAUGCUCAUAGCGUGUGGGGCUUAUCGAUUCAUGCUCUACGCGAUGCGAGGGCUGGCCGUAACAACGGGGACAUCGAAGUGCUGCAGCGUACCAUGGACGAGGCCAGAAACGCGUAUUUGGCGUUGGGUGGCGUGGUUCUGGAUCCAGUGAAUGGAAAUCCAUACAUCGAACCUGGCCAGAACGAGGGCAAUGUGGGUGAACACGUUGCGAAGAAGCAGAAGACGGGAUAA